AUGCCGACCACGGAGAAGAACAGCGGCCACCGCCGCGUGAAGCAGAUGCAGGGGCUGCUGCUGCUCUCGCGCCUAGACGGGGCUCCUGCCCGUCGUCCGCCCAAGGCCAAGCCCCAGCGCAUGACGGUUCUGCUCCAGCCGCAGCUGCAGCAGCUCGUGUACUCGUCCCGGGCGGACCAGGACAUGCUGCAGCCAUUGGGACGCGUCUGUUUGCGGGACGCGAAGCUAGAGCAGCUGUCGGACGGGUUCAUUAUCCACGAGGCACGUGGGGGGCUCUGCAAGAUGCUCAAGCUGCAAGAUAAUGACAAAGCCACGACGGACGCGUGGUUCUUUGCAGUCUACUCGGCUAUUACAGAGCCUAAACGUCCUACUGUUCGCUGUGGUGGCGGUGACGACGUGGGGUACAAGUUCGCGGUUGUGCUUGCGUCUAGUAUGCGCGACGAACACACGGACGGGAUGGAAUUUGAACUGUUGUGUCGACUGGUGCUGCCAGCGCAUGAGCGGAAUGAAAAGUCUAGUGUUCAGUGGAGUGUCUGGAAAACAUUGGCGGAGCUGCAAAGAUUUGAUGAUGAGCUGCGCGUGUCGUUUGGUGCACACAUGACGCAGAUAGCGGUGCCAAGAGACCGCCGACGGGACUCGCUAUUUGGAGGGAUGCGGAAGAAGUCAUUGCGGGAGCUGAAAGAGCAACAGCUGGCGCUGUAUGUCGAACAGGUCUUUCGGAUGCCAGAAAUGUCGACAGAACCUGUACUACUUCAUAAAGCGAGACAGUAUCUAGGCUUCGACUCGUUCUUCGAGCUCAUGACACCGUUGUCAAGUGUAAAUGACGCUGAGCUCGUAGACCCGCCCGUGAGUGCUGAUUCACGUGCGUUACUCUUCGCCGAUACUGACAGCACGAACAAUGUAUCGGAGCAGUCCACGCUGCCCGAUGAGCCGGAAGAGGAGGUUGACCCUCCAGCGAGGUUUACGGGUCAGGCACCAUCCCGUCGAUACUCGAGUACGGGUGUCACUUUUACACCCCCAGUAUCACUGAAAAGUAGUAGCUCGGCUGCGCUCGAGGACGAUGAGAUUGUGGAAGUUGUUCCGGAAGUUGAUUUAAGAGCAGCGAAAAAGCUCCACAAGAAGAUCAUCCAGACUGUCCGAGAGCUCGUUGCAAAUGACGAAGAGCGUGUGCAGGCGUUCCAGGACCAGACGAAAGAUUUUGGUCGCGAGAGAACGUCUGCUAAGGAAUAUUGUGCUUUUCUAGUUGGGGCAGUUGGGGCUCAGGAGUGCUGUAAGCUUGUCUUAGAAAUGGCGCGACUUCUUCCUGAUGAAGCAAAGAGAAAUGAGCUGAUGCAAGCACGGGCAGUUAUCUGGAGGCGAACGCACAGACGACACCGUAGACGCUCGAAGCAGAUUUCAGAGAGUGUAGUGAUGAAAAAGUCAAAGGAGGAGCAACAGUUGGCUGAGACUGCGCUUGGCAAAAUGCGUCCGAAGUCUGACAGCUUUAGUACCAUAAACAGGGACGCUGAGCGUGUGCAGUCUACGCGUAUUACAAGUGCGAAGGUGAUGGAUGAACGGCUGGCGCCGGCGAUCGGUAGCGAGUUGAACGUCUUUCCAAGCAAGAGCAUGCAACCAAACUCUGCGCAUCGCAUUCGACUGGCUGAUCCGCGACGUCACCUGAAUCGAAGGGCGUCGUUCAAUACGAUAUUUGGAGAGACGUUGGAAACGGACCCGAUACAGGAAGAGAAUCCGGCUGACAAUGAGUCUGAUGAUGACAGUGACGAUGGACACGUAGAUGAACGACCACAGGCUGUGAUUAAGGACACUUUGUCGGCAGAAAGGAAGUUAUCGAUGAGCAAGCCUCUGGUCCUCAGAAGGCGCAACUCUUCGUUUUUGGACGAAGAUGAUGAAGACGAAAGCACCGAAGACGAUGAAGAGAAUUGUAGCACAAGGCGUGCUUCUCGUUCUCACAACAGCCGCCACCGUCAACAGAGCGCAGAGGAGGGCAGCAGUCUUGAGAAACGGGUUGUAACAGAGAGCUCGUCAUCUCACGAGGGGUUGGCACGAAUGCGGUCCCGCCAGAGCUCAUUGUUUGUUGGUGAGAGCGUCGAAGACUGCAGUGCAGACGAAGGAGACGACAGCCUCAGUCGGUUCCGCAGGAGCCAGCGUCACGCGAGCCGAAAAUUUGACGAGGAAGCCAAAUUGGGACCAGUGCUUGAGGAGGAAAACCCGGUGCUGGCGCGUCUGAAGAAACAAGGAGCAGUGAAUUUCAUGAUGCAGCUCCGCUGA